GCAUCUUUGACAACCUAUGUUUGAGUCUCCGGCGGCACCGGAUGAUCUGCGCCAAUAGUCUCCGGCGAGGUUAAUCACUCAUUUCCAAAUCUGUAUGUCAAAAACCCAGCUAGAUCAGUCAUGGAUCGGUACGCAAAAUGGAAACAGAGAGAGCUUCUUGUUAUACUCUUCUAUGCCGUCGCUUUCUACGCCUAUGCUCUACGGAUAUCCCUUCGUCUCUCUCACGAUCAUUACUUGAAGCUCCGCGGUUUAGCUCCUGGCUGGCUCAUCCCUAGUCGACGCAAUGAUGUAUCCGAUGCUCAAUGGAGGAACUUCCGCGGAAACUUGCCAAUUCUCAGCUUCGUUUUCGCUGUUUUCACCGUGAUUGCAAAUGGAUCUAGGUCUCUUUUCAAAUUGAAAGCCAAAGGAAUGACCAUCUUGUGGCUUUUCUUGUCACUUGUAUACUUGACUUACUUACAUGGAGCUUGCGUCAUUUACAUUCUCUCCAUCGCAACAGCUAAUUUCCUCCUUGUUAAGGUUUUUGCGCGGAAAAAGUUCUUUCCUUUCAUGGUUUGGGCUUUCAACUUAUUCUUCCUCUUGUGCAAUCGUAUUUAUGAAGGCUAUUCCUUCUCCAUUUUCGGGCCACAGUUUGAGUACCUGGACAACUUUAGGGGCACGUUCAGAUGGCAUAUAUGCUUUAACUUUGUCGUUCUGCGCAUGAUAAGUUUUGGAUAUGAUUAUCACUGGGGUCAACUGGAUUCUCAUUUUGAUCUGGAGAAACACGUAACGCGCUGCUCGUUAUGUAAGUUGGGGAAGACUUGCUACGUAGUUCGACAGGAGAAAGAUAUAGCAAGUGACAGCAGCUGCAGUUUUUCUUUAUACCUUUGUUAUUUGGUCUAUGCCCCCUUGUACCUUGCGGGGCCAAUCAUAAGCUUCAAUGCCUUUGCCUCUCAGCUAGAUGUGCCACAGAAUACUCAUUCAGUGAAAGAUGUUGCACGAUAUGGAUUGCGUUGGUUAUUCAGCUUUUUGCUGAUGGAACUUAUGACGCAAUUCUUCUAUUACAAUGCCUUUGUGAUCAGUGGUCUGUGGAGAGAAUUAUCUCCUGUGGAAAUAUUUAUCAUCGGAUACGGAGUGCUAAACUUCAUGUGGCUCAAGUUCCUUCUUUUAUGGAGAUAUUUCCGCUUCUGGUCUUUGGUGAAUGGCAUUGAAACUGUUGAGAACAUGCCGAAUUGCAUUAAUAAUUGCUAUAGCCUGGAAACAUUCUGGAAAACCUGGCAUGCAUCGUUUAAUAGGUGGCUUAUCAGGUAUAUGUAUAUUCCUCUGGGUGGAUCACGAAGAAAGUUUCUGAAUGUGUGGGUUGUAUUCACAUUUGUUGCCGUGUGGCAUGAUUUAGAAUGGAAGCUUCUUUCAUGGGCAUGGUUAACAUGUUUAUUCUUCAUGCCAGAAAUGUUGCUGAAAUCAGCAUCCAAUGCAAUUAAGGUUCAGAGUGCUUUUGGAGAGUUUCUCCUUCGUGAACUCAAGGCGUUGUCUGGUGCUGUGACAAUCACAUGCCUCAUGAUGGCAAAUCUUGCUGGCUAUGUCAUCGGACCAUCAGGUCUAAGCUUGUUUGUCUCCAGCUUUCUUAGUAAAGAAGGAUUACCUGUUCUAGGCGGGGUGUUCUUUAGCUUUUACGUGGGUACAAAGCUGAUGUUUCACAUCAAGGACUUGAGAAGUGGGGUACAUCGCCCGAGGUAGCCAAAGCAAGGAGAUGUAGUUUCAUUGUUGAUUGUUAGGUAUAAUUUGUGUCAAGUUUUGGUUGGAGUAAGUUGCACAAAAUAAAAUUUGGUUGGAGUAAGAAACUGUGUUUUUCCUUGCUGAAAGAUGCAAAACAAAAUCAACUUUUGCAAAGGGCUUUUUUCUUUCUUUUGCUGUCA